GUCCACCUUCACACUUGUACAACUAGACCCUAGACAGCACCCAGACACUGCUGCAUCGCAGCAGCCCUUCACGCCGCCCAACAUGUCCCUCCCCAUGCACCUCCGUGCAUACACGGAGAAGACAAAGGACGAGCUCAACCGCGAGUUCUUCAACGUUCCGACCCCCGACCAGCUGCCCGCGCCGUCAGAACCGCCCCAGGUCGUCAAGCCCGCCAGAGGCACGCGCACCCCCGUCGGGAGCGCGGCCGGCCUCCAGAGCAUGGACAUCAACGCCGUGCUGUCGGUCGAGGGCAAGGAGGAGGUCUAUGCUGGCAAGCUCUCCCUCCUCCCCCCGUUCCUCUGCUUCAUCUCAAACGACCGUAGAUCGUGCCGGUGUACACUCCCGCUGUACACCAUCCGUCGUGUCGAGAGGUUAAACUCGCGUGCCGGUGUCUUUGCCCUUUCGCUGGCGACGUGGCAUGGCCUGAGGAUCAUCCUCCAGUUGACCUCGCUCCUGCCCACUGCCGAGCACUUUGCGAUUCUGCUCCGCGAUGCGCUCAAGUCGCAGCUCGGUGAGAUGAAGGCGCUCAAGGCGUUCACCCCUUCCCUUUACUCCGAGUACCUCCUCAACCCGAAUAGUGAGAGUGACGCGCUCGGCUCCCUGAUCGAGGUCGACGGCCACGAGCUUGGCGAGGGCGACCUCCGAGGGCCUGGUGGUGAGGGCCGCGGCAAGUACGAGCGCGGUCUUGGUGAGAUCUUCGGUUUCCCGGGUGACGCGCGCAAGAUGCGUGAGAGGAGUAAGAUGAAGCUCUGGCGCGAGUACUUUAUCGUCCAUGGACGUAACAUGACGCUUCUCCGAUAUCCACCAUUCCAGCGUCUGCUGCAGGUCGGUCUCCCGUCGAGACUGCGAGGAGAGCUGUGGGAGGUCAUGUCGGGCUCGAUUUACCUUCGCUUCGCCAACCCCAAGACGUACCAGCUCCUGCUGUCCGAGAACGCCGGCAAGAGCUCGCAGUCAACGGACGAGAUCGAGAAGGACCUGAAUCGUUCGCUCCCAGAGUACAAGGCUUAUCAAGCCGAGGAGGGCCUCGCGCGUCUCCGUCGCGUCCUCGUCGCGUACUCGUUCCGAAACCCCGAACUCGGCUACUGCCAGGCGCUCAACAUUGUCGUUGCCGGUCUCCUCAUCUACAUGUCUGAGGAGCAGGCAUUCUGGCUACUUGAGGUUCUGUGCGACCGGAUACUGCCCGGCUACUACUCGCCGUCGAUGGAGGGCACAUUACUCGACCAGCGUGUCUUCGAGUCACUCGUCAAGAGAUGCCUGCCCAUCAUCCACGACCACUUCAAGGCCGUCGACGUGCAGAUCUCGGUCGCGUCGCUCCCCUGGUUCCUCUCCCUCUACAUCAACUCCCUUCCCCUCAUCUUUGCUUUCCGCAUCGUCGACUGUGUCCUCGCCAUGGGCGCAAAGGUGCUGUUCCAGAUCGGCCUUGCCAUCCUCAAGAUCAAUGGCGAGGCUCUCCUCGAGGUCACCGACGACGGCAUGUUCAUCAACCUCAUGCGCAACUACUUCUCUACCAUUGGCGAGUCUGCCCACCCCAACCACCCCGACCCUCGCGUUCGCAACAUCACCAACUUCCAGGAGCUCUUGGUUGUCGCCUUCCGCGAGUUCAACGUCAUCACUGACGAAACGAUCGUCACUGAGCGCAGGCGACUUAGGGCCAUCAUUGCCGACGAGAUUGAAAAGUUCUCCAAGCGUGCGGCGGUCCGCAACCUCAAGAACGUCGGGCGCUUCUCCAAGGAGUCGGUCGGUAUCAUCUACGACCAUUACUUUGCUGCCGUGUGCUCGGCCGAGGCGAGCGGCGCUGCGACACCCAUCCCCGUUCCUGGCCAGCUCGACCCUCCUCGUAUCGCUGUCGAUGCGCAGGGCCGCGUGGAAACCCGCAUCGACUUGCGCACGUUCAAGACCUUGCUCGCGGGCAUUGCGACGUGGGCCCGUGAGGAGACUGUGACCACCAACGCCUUCAUGCAGCGCACCGAGCGACGCGUUGCCGACCACGAAAUGAUUGACCGCCUGUUCUUCAACUGGGACUCGCAAAAGGUCGGAACGCUGUCGCUUCAGGAUGUCGUUAUGGGCCUCGACCGCGUCAUGUCGGCCGGUCUCAUGGAGUCGAUCGAGUGGUUCUUUGAGCUCCACGACAAGGACGGUGAUGGCUACCUGACAAAGGACGAGGUCAUUCGCCUGUCCGAGUCGCUCUUGUUCAUCUUCCGCAACGAGCCUGGAGACAUCUACCUCGCUGCCGUGUCGCGCUUCAUCUUAAAUGCCUACGAGUUUGGUGACGCGACAGCGCCCGAGUCGAGCCUGCCACCGCCCGAGAACCAGGUGCCUCACAAUGGCGACGAACAGACUGCAAGCCAGUCUCGUGAGCGCUCAGACUCGGCGGCUGGCCCGCACAACCUCCCGUACCUCAGCUUGGCCACAUUCCGCAUGGUCGUCCUGGCCGACGAGCUGCUGGAAAACUUCUUUGGCAACGACCUGGCUGCGUCGUUCAGACUGGAGGACGCAGAGCAGGAGGACUACCACCAGACACAUGCCAAGCCUGAUGGCUUGCUUGGUGGUCUCGUUAACCUUGUAGUGAACGAUGAGAACAAGAGCCGCUUCAACCGUCUCGCAGACGGUAUCGGCUCGGCAUUGGGCAAGCACGCAGAGUGGCGCAAGCCGUCACUGUCCAAGGCCGACCCGAACGCACCAGCACCCAUCGAGGUCCGGGCACGCGAGUCCUUGCUCACCCCCUCGCAAAAGAACCGCGACCGCAGCGCAUCACAGGCAUCACAGGCGUCGUUUGUCAGCAACAAGACGAGCGGCAGCUCGAGUACGGUCAACACGCUCAACACCGAGUCACGGGGCGGCUUGGCCGACGUCGAGGCACGGUAUCGCGAGGAGUCGGAGAUGGUUCGGGCCGCUCAAGAAGCGGUCAUGCACCGGCCCAACUUUGCCAUCGACGCUAUUGGCGACAGCGACGAUGAGGGCGAGACCCCAGAUGAUGAUGCUGGCGUCAUGGACGAGGUCGAGGCCUUCCUCAAGGAACAUGGCGGCGACGACGAUGGGGCCGUCAAGGGGGCUGAGAAAAAGGUGGCCAAGGAUCUUCUCAAGGCCGAGCCGAUGGGAGCCGGAGGUGCGGGCAGCUCCGCCAAGCGGACCACUGGAGACUUGGUCGAUUUGUAAGAUGGGAACAGUUAGAGUGAUCUUUUACGCGUCUGUAUGCACAAUCGUAAACAUUG